GAUAAGCCGAUGUGAUACCGCUAGACCAAGAAACGGAUACAUUGCGUCUUUCCAAUCAGCCCACGGAGAGACAUGUUCCAACAUAUUAUAAUGGGCUUGACAGUCUCGUCUUUCCCAUUCUGUUAGGAAAGGGCCUCAUUCUCCCAGAUAGCAGCUUUCGUAUAACUCUGUUCACUUCUCAGAUCAUUAUCAGCCAUGAUGGUGCCAACGUCACUCAAGGCAGGUCUCUUUGGACUCCCCCAGCUACACCUGGCAUGGGCGAUUGCCUUGGCCCCUCGUCAGCAGAUCAGUUGUAGCUAUGAGUACGCUGCCAGUUCCGGGGAUACUUGUCAGUCUGUUGCGGCCGACUGGGGCUUGACUGUGCAGGCUUUGGAGUCUCUCAACCCCGGGAUUACCUGCCCGGACCUCGUGGCGGGCCAAAGUUAUUGUGUACUCGGAACUGUUUCAUCGAGUGGGCCAACUGUGAGCUCCUCAUCUCUGGCCACUUCCACUUCCACUUCUACCAUUUCCAUCGUUCCCAUAGCAUCAACAAGUUCCUCUUCCUCCCACUCUUUUUCCUUAUCCUCUUCUUCUUCUUCUUCGGCCCCAUAUCAACCCCAACAAACGGGCACUGCUGCCGACUGCGACCAAUUCUACCUCGUUGAGACCGGUGACUCGUGCGAAAAGAUUGAAGCCCAGUUCGGCAUCAGCGCAAGCGAGUUCCUUGACUGGAAUCCAUCUGUCAAUUCGGAUUGUACAAAUAUCCUGGCGGGCUACUACUACUGCGUAGAUGUCCCCGGUGCUACGACCGGUCCCGUCACCACUACUACUGUCCCAGUGACCACAACUACUCCCGGCGAUGGCAUCACCACACCCACACCCAUCCAGACUGGUAUGACAGACAAAUGCAACAAGUUCGACCUCGUUCAAUCUGGUGAUACCUGCGAAGCCGUCGCCGCCAAAUAUGAAAUUCCCCUCGCCACAUUCUAUAGCUGGAAUCCGGCUGUCGGCUCGUCCUGCUCCGAUCUGGACUUGGGCUAUUAUGUCUGUGUCGACACCAUUGGCUACACGGUGCCCACCACGACAACCUCAGCCGGUAAUGGCAUCACCACGCCCACGCCCUAUGAGCCGGGCAUGGUAAGUGACUGCACUACCUUCUACUUUGUCCGUUCUGGUGAUACGUGCGGGAGUAUCGCUAGUACUCAAGGCAUUACAGUUGGAGACAUCGAGAAGUGGAACCCUAAGGUCGGAUCUGGAUGCAAGGGUUUAUGGUUGAACGACUACAUUUGCGUCGGCGUAUGAAGACAAAAGAAAUACCCCGACGAGAGUGAAUGUAACGCGUGGGAGCAGCU